AUGACAAGUGGAGGAGGUAGUGGUGGCAUGACAAGUGGAGGAGGUAGUGGUGGCAUGACAUGUGGAGGAGGUAGUGGUGGCAUGACAAGUGGAGGAGGUAGUGGUGGCAUGACAUGUGGAGGAGGUAGUGGUGGCAUGACAAGUGGAGGAGGUAGUGGUGGCAUGACAAUUGGAGGAGGUAGUGGUGGCAUGACAAGUGGAGGAGGUAGUGGUGGCAUGACAAGUGGAGGAGGUAGUGGUGGCAUGACAAGUGGAGGACGUAGUGGUGGCAUGACAAGUGGAGGAGGUAGUGGUGGCAUGACAAGUGGAGGAGGUAGUGGUGGCAUGACAAGUGGAGGAGGUAGUGGUGGCAUGACAAGUGGAGGAGGUAGUGGUGGCAUGACAAGUGGAGGAGGUAGUGGUGGCAUGACAAGUGGAGGAGGUAGUGGUGGCAUGACAAUUGGAGGUGGUAGUGGUGGCAUGACAUGUGGAAAAGUAGUGGUGGCAUGA